AUGGUCUGCCUUGAAGGAAGAGGUGGUUCAGAUGGGAUUACAGUGGAUUUUGAGGCCGAGUACACCCAGUACAAGCCCCCAUUACACCACCCUCUGCGGCCGGGGAGCUGGACAGUGCGAGUGCUGCACCAAUGGGUCCUGCUGGCGGAAACCAAGUUCCUGGUGAUUCCUCUGGCCUUCAGUGGCAAUCGGCCUCUCAGAAAAAGACAAGACCAGUGGCUUCAUGGUGGGCCACCAAAUAAUGAAUACAUGGAUCAGAGCUUCCAGCGCCUCAGUGGGAUAUUGAAUCUCCCUCCAUCUGACUUUGCUGAGAAGGAGGCUCUCCAUAACUCUCAGCUGGUUGGUGAGCAACUGGAAUCGUGGAUAUAUGAGAGUGUAAGCAAGUUCUGGUCAGCCACUGAGUCCUGUGCAGUAGAGCCUUCGCUUUGUCCUGCACUCCAACCUUGUCGGAAGACAACCUGGAGUUCUCUAUCCGAUGACCCCAAAUCUGAACUGGGCCCAGUGAAAGAUGAUGGGCGCCUGAGGUAGCAAAAGAGGGUGGUUGGGGUGAGUAUUUGGCGUAGGACUCAACCGAGUAGAAAGAAACCCAUCUCUGGGCUGGUGUGUUAGUCCAGUGGUUUGUCAAGAGUGGCACUGGUACAUACAAGAAUGACCUCAAUGUGUUAAAAGGACCGAACAUUUAACGCGAGGCUUAGGGGGACGGAGAAGAAGCAGUUUCUUCGAGUACCCUGGAUCAACCACUCCAAUGCAGCACAGAAGUUCAGCAGGAGUUGCACUGAGGUGUCUGUCCCCGGCACGAAGGCUGUGAGAGGAAUGAAAAGACAGUGGUCCCUGAUAGAGCGGCUCAGAACAGAUCUGAGGACAACCUCAUUAUUCCCAGUUUCACACAACUGCCUCUGAAAUCAUUGUUCCUCAGCACUUCUGCUAUGAUGUUUUGUGAUUGUAAUUUAGCGGGUUGUUACUGAAAAGAGUUAAUGCAAUGAUUUGAUAGUUUGAAAGCCAUUACCUUAUCCCUCAGAGGACGAGAAUCACUAACUUCAGACACUAAAGAUUUAUUUGCACAUGGCCUGAACUACAGAACUCUAAAUAAAGACGCAACUUUUAACAAAAUUCUAUCUUUAGUUUGUGCUCACCAUCUGUGAUGGGCUACAGAGCACUUUCCAUGUCAGGCAGACAGUGUCAGCAUCAAACACUCUCUUUGGGUGCAGUGGUAAAGAAGGAUUGGUACUCCAGACACCAGAAUUCAAAUCCCACCAUGAUCCCUGUGAGGUUUAAAUUAAUCUGAAAUUAAAAACUACUAAUGAUUGCAAAACUACAUUGCAACACCUCAUCAUGCUCACUAAUGCCCUUCGGGGAACAACACGUUGUUCAUUAAGACCCUCUAAAGUUGGUGGCUCUGAAAUGCAUUCAUCACCAUAACUGUUCGAAUGAAAAUCGCACGCCCAGCAUCGACCAAGCCACCAAAUUCAGAUACGGUAAAGAUUCCCUCGUUAACAUUGAGGGACUAGUGUCUCAAUCGGAGGAACUGUCUCGCAGAUCAAUCAAGCAGUUGGUGUCAUCAUCAACACUUCAAACGCAACGUGUCAAUCUAUUCUUUCACAAUCCACUAGAACAGGACAAUCAGACCAGACAAAGUGGCAUGAUGAUAUAUUGACAGAGACAGUAGCUCUUGGAAUCCUCAACAUUAACUCCAGACCCUGUAAAGUCUCAGGACAUGGCCUGUCAGCCGAUUAACCUGCUUUAAUAUGUGGACAACACUUGAAGAGGCCAUGACAGCAGCAAGGGCACAAAGUACUCUGGAUUCAGCACCAACACUGAUUGAGUUGAUUCAGUCCUGAAGGACAGAGCAGCUAGAUGGGGUCUGGGGCAAGCAGUCAGAAACCAUUGGAACAAUCUACCUUACCUCGGCCUUGCUAAUCUAUCUGUGGCAACUGCAGUUGUCUCAGAGAAUAUUGGUUGGAGAUUGCAGAGCAUUGUGGAGACAAAGUCCUGUCUUUACACCUAGAACAUCCUCUGCUGUGUUGUCAAUCAUUACCAUCAGGCUGAAUGGGGUGGACUGAGAACAGAUCUGGCAGCUCAAAACUGGGCAUCCACCGGGCACUGUGGUUGAUCAGCAGCAGCAACAGUCACAACCUGUUACUGCAUGUUCUCCUCCAAAGCGCACGCCACUCUGACUUGGCAAUAGAUCUCCAUUCCGCCAACAUAGUUCAGUCUAAGCAGUGGAAACCUCUCCCUGGCGGUAUUGAGGGAACACCUCCACCAGUUCAAGGAGUGACUCACCGGCACUUUCUGGGGCAAUACAUGCUGGCUCUGCCAGAUCUGGAAAAACAAAUAAAUACUUAAAUAAAUAAAUGGAGACAUAUCAUGUGUUACACAGGCACAAUUCUGCAGAUGCUGGAAAUCUGAACAAGAAACAAAAUAGUUGGAAAUGCUUAGCAGGUUGGGUAGCAUCUAUGGUAAUAAAUCAGAGUUUGGUUGAGAUUAAUGAUCUUCCAUAGGUCAGGUAGAUAUUAAAAUUCCGUCUACACUGUCCCAUCAAUCACCACCACUUCAUGUGUCACAUGCAGUGUAACUUCACCAUCAAAAAGGUCUUUGAAACCUACCGAAUAAUGAAAGAUAGAGUGGAUGUGGAGAGGAUGUUUCCAGUUGUGGGAGAGUUUAGGAUCAGAGGGUACAGCCUUAGAAUAAAAGGGCAUUUCUUUAGAAAGGAGAUGAAAAGGAAUUUAUUUGGCCAGAGAGUGGUGAAUCUAUGGAAUUCAUUGCCACAGAGGACUGUGGAGGCCAAGUCGUUUGGUAUCUUUAAAGCAGAGAUUGAUAGGUUCUUGAUUAGAAAGGGUGUCAAAGAUUAUGGGGAGAAGGCAGGACAAUGAGGUUAAGAAGGAAAAAUAGAUCAGAGGAGCAGAGCAGACUCGAUGGGUUGAAUGGCCUAUUUCUGCUCCUAAGUUUCAUUGUCUAAACACUGGCUGUGUAAGUGCAGCAGGGAUCCGAAAUAAAAUGAAGCCCGCUACACUGUUCCAUCAAAGAUAACCAAGGAAGGAACGGCAUAGGUCAGAUGAACAAUGAGGCCUUUUCUAAUGGUUGAAAGCAUAGGUUACAUUUCCACAUCCAUCAGCCAUACUGAGUGAGAUAAUCUAGUAAUAAAAUAAGAAAUGAGAAAAAAAAAACUUUUAUUUGGCCUAAUAAUUGCACAGAAUUGAUUUUGAAAUCCAGUCACUGUCAGGAAUCGGUAAAUAAAGUAACUCAAUGAAAAGACUGACCAUAUUAAACAAACUUUAAUUUCUGAACUCAAGUGGGGAAGAAAGACUAGUCAAUAUGGGCAUCAAGUGAGGAUGAUGAGUCCAUGGUUGAUAAGCUGACGAGUUACAGAUGGCACUUGAUGGUACAGUGAAUGUCUGGUGAAAUGGGCAAAAGUGCCACAGGGAAGCUCAAAUCUUCUUUCAAACUGAGUGGGCAGAUGGAAGCAAAUUCAAUCA